UAAGCCAUCUCUCCAGCCUCAUUUCUAUUUUUUUACGUUUUUUGCAUGCUGCUCUUUUUGAGGCCCGUGCCCAGCUAAGUACUCCAAUGUGCUUAGUUGGCCUGUCUAAUACUCUUGAACUCAGCUGAGGUCAUCUGGGGCUUCAGGCGACGAGUGAACAACUGGCGCGAGUCGGCGCUGUCUGGGCCACUGCUAAAGCUGGGUCCGCCCGCUCUUCUGCGCAUUAGCAGACUAAGGAGGGUGCCAGCGUCUGUCAUCCAGCCUGGCACACUCCGGGUGGUCCUGGUUCUGGCCGUCCUGGUUCUUGCUGGCUUUAAGCUGCCCUUUCCAGGCGGUUUUCGAACGCUGCCGCUAGGUCAGGUGAGGUGAUCUGAACGUGGAUGCUUGGGAAAGAAGUCGUUGGCAGCUCUGAGUUGGAUGGCAAACGUGGGAAAGGGCUCGGGAAGCAAGAGCUGAGCUCCCCAGACAGCCUAAUGGACAAUGCCAACGCGGGACCCGAACUACAGCUCCCGGCAAGCUUUGCGCUUCGACCCGGCCGGGGCGGCCCAACAUGCUCUGCGCCGGCCAGCCUGACCACUUGCGCUGCACUCGAUGGGCUCGGUGCCCGCAAGGAUACUCCAGUCGGCUCUAUAUUUUCCCAUGUGGUCUCUCUUUAUCCCAGCUGUCUGGGACUCCACGCUCACUAAUGAAAAGCAGCCAAUAAUCUAAUCAGCGCCAGCCAAUAAAGUGCGCGGACUCAGGCCACGUGGGGCGGUGCUCCCAGAGCUCCUAGAUCUCUAUGGUUCUCCGCGAGUCGCUAGAGGGCGUGUGGUCCAUUGGAGGACUCCCUACAUUCUUCCUCCAUUACCUCACUGCCUCCGGUGGCUGCUGGGAUACAGGAGGACUCGGGUCCCGACUCGACUCAGUUCUCCAGCCGCCGGGGGAAUACCUCUAGUUCUCCCCGGCCGCUGCCGCCCCGCCGCUUCCUUCUCCGCCCUCUUGCCGGCCUCCUCCGCCCCGCCCGGUCCACGCCGUCGGGCGUCCCCGCCUGCAUUGGGCCUUUGCUUCUCUCGGCAGCCUCCACCCAGGCGCAUGGCUCCAUGAAGCAGAAGGAAGAAGAGGCAGAGCGCGAGAGGUCCGGUUCUCCCGGGCCGCGUUUGGGCCAGGAGAAAAGGUACUGCAAGAAGGAAUGGAACUGGAAAAAAGAAGAUUCAUUCCAGAGACAAAAUAGCUCUUCUCCUCUAUUCUAGCUGUUUCCCCUAGGAUUACAGACUUUCUGCUUUCAGGUUCUGCAGCAUUCCAGGGCACAAGCACCAAAUCAGGAUGGGAAAAAGACGUUGUGUUCCUCCACUUGAGCCUAAGUUGGCAGCAGGCUGUUGUGGGGUCAAGAAACCCAAAUUAUCUGGAAGUGGAACACACAGUCACGGGAACCAGUCCACAACUGUCCCUGGCUCUAGUUCAGGACCUCUUCAAAACCACCAGCAUGUGGACAGCAACAGUGGACGGGAGAACGUAUCGGACUUAACUCUGGGACCUGGAAACUCUCCCAUCACACGAAUGAAUCCUGCAUCCGGAGCGCUGAGCCCUCUCCCCCGGCCCAAUGGAACUGCCAACACCACUAAAAAUCUGGUGGUGACUGCAGAGAUGUGCUGCUACUGCUUUGAUGUACUCUACUGUCACCUCUAUGGCUUCCCACAGCCACGACUUCCUAGAUUCACCAAUGACCCCUAUCCACUCUUUGUGACCUGGAAGACAGGGCGGGACAAGCGGCUUCGUGGCUGCAUUGGGACGUUCUCAGCCAUGAAUCUUCAUUCAGGACUCAGGGAAUAUACGUUAACCAGUGCACUUAAGGACAGCCGAUUUCCCCCCUUGACCCGAGAGGAGCUGCCCAAACUUUUCUGCUCUGUCUCCCUCCUUACUAACUUUGAAGAUGCCAGUGAUUACCUGGACUGGGAGGUAGGGGUGCAUGGGAUUCGGAUUGAAUUCAUCAAUGAAAAAGGUGUCAAGCGCACAGCCACAUACUUACCUGAGGUGGCUAAGGAACAAGACUGGGAUCAGAUACAGACAAUAGACUCCUUGCUCAGAAAAGGUGGCUUCAAGGCUCCAAUUACCAGUGAAUUCAGAAAAUCGAUCAAACUCACCAGGUAUCGAAGUGAGAAGGUGACAAUCAGUUACGCAGAGUAUAUUGCUUCUCGACAGCACUGUUUCCAGAAUGGCACUCUUCAUGCCCCGCCCCUCUACAAUCAUUACUCCUGACACACGGCUGCAUGACCAGUCCCACCCCCCUGUUGCCGCCAAUGGCUAUGACAUCAUUGGAACAGAUGCCUCCUCUUCCUGGUCCAGUUACUUCUAUUACUGCACCAUUUUAUGAUGCUAGCUUCCGUUGCCAAGUCUGCCUCCUGCUGACUGAGGGGUGGGGGUUACAUUGAAUGCAACAGAACUUGAGGGGCCCAAGCCUUAUAUCAGCCUUUCCUCAAUCUGGGGUUCCUUUGGAUUGAGGCUCCUCCAUGACCAGGGAGAAAGACUGGGUUCAAAAGACCCUUGUCUGGUGAUUUCCCACAUGUGUUGGGUACACACUGAAGGCUUGGAUUGAUCAUGGAGGCUUCCUUCCCCAACCCCCACAGCCUUCCCAGGUCAAGUAGGUGUACUCCCCUGGCAGUCUGGGCAACGGAGACCAACAUGAACCAUUUUUAGGUUGUUUUAAAUUCCUUUUUUAAAACUUCCAGUUUAUUGUGUACCAAGAGUUGAUCACAACCUCCAUGCUUCAUAAGCAAACACCAUAUUAGGGUUGAAUGUGGGCACCAUGAGCCCUUCAAGGCUCCUGGACAAGAGACCCAAACCAAAAUCAGAAGCCCUGUGGAUGGCAUUGCAGAUCCCGUUGCACAGUAAGCCAUGAAGGUUUUAAUGCUUGCCCCACUUGGCAGGAUUUCCUGGUACUCUUUCUGCAUCGAGUCUCCUGGUUUUGGAACAGAGCUCUGUGAUAUAGCCUGCUGAGGAAUGGAGUAGAGAUGCCCAUGGAGGUCCUGAUGUCAUCACCAUGAGCAGAUGUGAAAGGAGAGGCCUCUUCCACACCACCUGGCUACCUCAACCCUCUUCUGGUAGCAGUGCCUAUGUAGCUGGAUCUUGGUUCUCAGAAGCACAGAUGUGUAAACAGGCAGUUAAGAGUUGAGUUGGGCUUUAGGACACAUUGCAUCCAGAGUCUCUGAGCUCAUUUUCUUCACAGGCACAUAUCCUAAGGGACCUGUAAGUAGAGGAAUUCCUUUUUUUGAUUUGCCUGUAGAAGUGGGAACACUUGAUAGUUCAGUCCUCAAUUAGACUUUAGAACAAAGCUGUGUAAUAAAAAGAGGUGAAUCUUUAUCUUGCCUACCAUGCUGGGAAUCUUCACCCCACCAGGGCACAUGUUCAAAUUGCUCACAUUGCUCAUUUAAACUCUGUUGUGACAUUCCUUUCCUGUCAUUACUCAUUUCUGAAUAGCUGUCAGCAAAUCCUCCCUUGCCUAUCCUUCACUUGCUUAGUGGCAAAAUUUACAGUACUAGGGAACUUGGAGAUGGUCUGAAAGCUGUGUGUCAAAGGCACUGCUAAGGCAGUUCACAGGAAGGAGGUGGUCAGCUGGAAGAACGGAUCCUGAGGAUAUACUGAUUUCCAGCAACAUGCAUAGAAAACUAAGGUGGAUCGGGUGUCAACCCAGUGAACACUAUUGGAUUUCUUUUUCAGAGUUGAUGUGAUGGUGUGGCUUUCCAAAAAGAGAAAAAUAUUCAAAAGAUUUUUUGAGUUUCCUCUGCCAGGAAUGGAGAGGGAGAAGUGGGGACACUUCCGUGUGCUACUCUAGGUGUCACCCUCUCAAGUUCCUGGGCAGUUGGGGGUUUGUGUUACUGGUGAGUGAGGACCUGGGAUUGAUGAGGGAGGUGCCAGUGAUAUGGGAGUGCCCAGGGUUCACCCCCCUCACUGCCAGGUUGGGUUCCUUCGUGUACAGGAAUGUGAAAGGGUCUCAUGUAAUCCUGCCGCUGAAGGUAGUGAAGGUCAUGUUAGAGGCAGGUAUGACAGCAGGUGCUCUCAGGUGCCAUGGAUUGAUGUCAGGGUGAUCAGCUCUGGACUGAGCCACCCACCUCCAAUUUGUACAACAGUAUUGAUACAUAGGGCUACACUCAUCACUGUUCAAGUAUUCUAUGUUAAAAGUUGUGUUUAAUUUCUAAAGAUUUAAAAAACAAAAAGCAAAAAAAAAAAAAAUGGUGCUAAACUUCACCCCUGAGCACGCUCAGUGAGACUGGUCAUGCAAGCAUCUACAGUGCCAUGCUCCUCAAGCCUGUUAGUCUUGUAGAAAUGUUGCCCUAUCUGUCUUCCCCAAUGUAUAGUAUGUAUUUUAUUUUAUUGAAGGUGGGGUAGAAGACCUGCCAUUUAAGAAAAUGAAUAGAAAAAUUUUAAACCCAAGAAAUAGGGGGAAAAAAUUAGUGCACAAGAAUCGGGCUGGCGAAGCCCAGCACCACACUGAAGUGGGCUCAGUGGUUUCGGAGUGAAGAAGCCUUACUCCCUGCACAUUCCAUCAUGCUCCCACAUAAGUCCAGCAGUGGAAACACUGAGUUCUUCUGCCUUGUCAAAGGGGCCUCGGGAGUCAGGCAAGGGAAACUCU